GAAAGAAACAAACGGCAGCAGGGGUGCCGGGAGCGCCCUCGGCCGACUCGGGACUGGUCCCCGGCGUGCGCGGGAAUGGCUGCCCUUCCCGGCUCGGUGCCCAGGAUGAUGCGGCCGGCGCCCGGGCAGAACUACCCGCGCACCGGCUUCCCGCUGGAAGUGUCCACCCCACUGGGCCAAGGUCGGGUCAAUCAACUUGGCGGGGUCUUCAUCAACGGACGACCCCUGCCCAACCACAUCCGCCACAAGAUAGUGGAGAUGGCCCACCAUGGCAUCCGGCCCUGCGUCAUCUCCCGGCAGCUACGAGUCUCCCAUGGCUGCGUCUCCAAGAUUCUCUGCAGAUACCAGGAGACUGGGUCUAUCCGGCCCGGGGCCAUUGGCGGCAGCAAGCCCAGACAGGUGGCCACUCCGGACGUGGAGAAGAAGAUCGAGGAGUAUAAGAGGGAAAACCCAGGCAUGUUCAGCUGGGAGAUCCGGGACCGGCUGCUCAAGGACGGGCACUGUGACCGCAGCUCUGUGCCCUCAGGUUUAGUGAGUUCGAUUAGCCGCGUGCUCAGAAUCAAGUUCGGGAAGAAAGAGGAGGAAGAGGAAGCUGACAAGAAGGAGGAUGACGGAGAGAAGAAAGCCAAACACAGUAUUGACGGGAUCCUGGGCGACAAAGGAAACCGGCUGGACGAAGGCUCAGACGUGGAGUCGGAACCCGACCUCCCUCUGAAACGCAAGCAGCGUCGUAGCAGGACCACAUUCACGGCCGAGCAGCUGGAGGAGCUGGAGAAGGCCUUCGAGAGGACCCACUACCCCGACAUCUACACCCGUGAGGAGCUGGCUCAGAGGACCAAGCUCACUGAGGCUCGGGUCCAGGUCUGGUUCAGUAACCGUCGAGCCCGGUGGCGCAAACAAGCAGGAGCCAACCAGCUGGCAGCGUUCAACCACCUUCUUCCAGGGGGCUUCCCACCCACGGGCAUGCCCACGCUGCCUCCCUACCAGCUGCCGGAUUCCACCUAUCCCACCACCACCAUCUCUCAGGAUGGGAGCAGCACCGUGCACCGGCCCCAGCCCCUUCCACCGUCUACCAUGCACCAGGGGGGGCUGGCCGCGGCCGCCGCAGCCGCAGACACCAGCUCUGCCUACGGACCCCGCCACAGCUUCCCCAGCUACUCUGACAGCUUCAUGAACCCAGCAGUGUCUUCCAACCACAUGAACCCUGUGAGCAACGGCCUGUCUCCUCAGGUGAUGAGCAUUCUGAGCAACCCCAGUGCCGUGCCACCACAGCCACAGGCCGACUUCUCCAUCUCCCCGCUGCACGGAGGCCUGGACUCGGCCACCUCCAUCUCGGCCAGCUGCAGCCAGAGGGCUGACUCCAUCAAGCCGGGAGACAGCCUGCCCACCUCCCAGUCCUACUGCCCGCCCACCUACAGCACCACUGGCUACAGCGUGGACCCCGUGGCCGGCUACCAGUACGGCCAGUACGGCCAGACUGCUGUGGAUUACCUGGCCAAGAACGUGAGCCUGUCCACACAGCGUCGCAUGAAGCUUGGAGAACACUCGGCCGUGCUGGGACUCCUGCCCGUGGAAACUGGCCAGGCUUACUAGAGCUCCCGGGCUGGCUUUCCACAGCCCAAGCCCCUGCUUGACCCCUACUGACCCCUGAGCCUGCCAGCCUCAGAUCCCCCCCCACACCCAGGGUUCCAGGAGGUCUGGAAAGGAACCCACUCCUGCCCCCUAGCCCUCUGGAGAGGUGAGGCCAGUCUUCUCUCGCCUGUGGUUAGGAGCUGAGAACGAACCCCCCGCCCCCCCCCCGAGCUUGCGCCACCCUUCCCUCCACGGGAGAGUUUCUGGUCCUCCCCGUCACAUCCUGUGGUGACCUCUGACGCUGCCCCUGAACAGAGAGCCCUGGGCACCCAAAGGAGGCUGUUGUCUGGGAUGAGUCUCUGGAUCCCUUUGGACCUGACUCCAGGGGUACUUGGCUGGAGGUGUGAAGCCUACAGGGCUUCUCUCGGCUGGAAUGGCUGAGGCCAACCCUCCUGGUGGCUCUCCAGCCCAGGGCCAGCAUCCCGGCCCCUCCCUCCCUCUUCUGAAGGCUGGGCUUCUGGCGCAGAGGAGACCCUGGCCCCAGGCUUCCCCUAGGGCGUCGCCGAGGAAUGCUGGAAGAUGGAGACCAU